GGCCCAGACGCCCUUGCAUCUUGAACCAUUAUAUUCCCCCCAAUAACUUUACGGAUUGUAAAGAGCUCAUGCGAAUCUCUAGACGUUUGGUGUUCAUGCUACUCUUGACGAUUCUCGUCGUUGUAAUCAUACUGUUUCUGUGGUUAUGGACGAGAUACAUCAAAGUCGAACAAGACGUCUACACAGUCAUUUAUAAUGUUGGCAAGCUUCAAAGACCAGGAGUAAAAGAUACCUUGUCGUCGUGGAACAAAGUCAGUUGA